GCGGAGAAACAUUUUUUGCACCACCGCAACCAGGCUUAGAGCGCGGCGGCGGCGGCCACGGCAGCAUCAGCACAGCCAUCAGCGGUGCAGACGACCCGCAUCCCGGAGCGUGGAGGGCUCGGGAUUUGCCCGGAGUUCACCUCCGAGUGCCCCAGGGACUGAGCUCACCCCUUCUGCUCGCAUACAGACGCACACUCUCUCUUUCUUGGACACAUACGCUUAUACACACUGUCGCACAUAAAUACGACCCGGGCGCAAGCACCCUCCUGGCAGCGGGCGUCCACUUGUGCGGUGGUAGCCAGGUUGGGUCCCUGCCCCCGCCGACUGAGAGCACCGCCUCCGCGAGCCAGAGGAGCGAUGCGGGGGCCCGAACUGCAGCUCCAACAGUAAUGUGGAUUAACAGUCGCUUCCGGCAGAAACCACCUGAGAUGCCCGAAGUCCCUGGAACCGGCCGCGACCGGCGGGGCUGAGCACUUGGUUAGGGGCGUGGGAUUGCACCGGGGGACGACAUCGAAACUUGCUCCUGGACUAGGAAUUACAAGGGUGACCUUUAUUCAGCUGUCUCCUUUUUGAUUUCCAUAACUUCUGGAUCUAUCAAGGUACAUUUUAUGAUUGGCCAUAACAGCACAGACUGCUUACAUUAAAGGAGUUCCUCUUCCUUUUUUUUUUUUUUCCAUGAAACUGAGAUUGCUUAAUCAGAGAUGGAGCAAAUGGACUGCAAACCCUACCAGCCUCUGUCAAAGGUCAAGCAUGAAAUGGAUGUAGUUUAUACCAGUUCUUCCGAUGAGAGUGAAGAUGGAAGAAAACCAAGACAGUCAUACAACUCCAGAGAAACUCUGCAUGAGUAUGACCAAGAGCUGAGGAUAAAUUAUAAUAGCCAGAGUAGGAAGAGGAAAGAAGUAGAGAAAUCUACUCAAGAGAUGGAAUUCUGUGAAACUCCUCACACUCUCUGCUCUGGCUACCAGACAGACCUGCACAAUGUUUCUCGGCAUGGCUACCAGCUAGAGAUGGGAUCUGAUGUGGACACAGAGACGGAAGGCGCUGCCUCGCCUGAUCACGCGCUGAGAAUGUGGAUAAGGGGGAUGAAAUCAGAACAUAGUUCCUGUUUGUCCAGCCGAGCCAACUCCGCAUUGUCCCUGACUGACACUGACCAUGAAAGGAAGUCUGAUGGGGAGAACGGUUUUAAAUUCUCUCCUGUUUGUUGUGACAUGGAAGCUCAAGCUGGGUCUACUCAAGACAUGCAGAGCAGCCCACACAACCAGUUCACCUUCAGACCUCUCCCGCCUCCGCCGCCACCUCCUCAUGCCUGCACCUGUGCUAGGAAGCCACCCCCUGCAGUGGACUCUCUUCAGAGGAGAUCAAUGACUACCCGCAGCCAGGCCAGCCCAGCUGCUCCAGUUCCCCCAACCAGUACACAGGACUCAGUUCAUUUGCAUAACAGCUGGGUCUUGAAUAGCAACAUACCAUUGGAGACCAGGCAUUUCCUCUUCAAACAUGGAUCUGGUUCUUCAGCUAUCUUUAGUGCAGCCAGUCAGAACUACCCUCUGACGUCCAAUACUGUGUACUCGCCCCCUCCCAGGCCACUUCCUCGAAGCACCUUUUCCAGACCUGCCUUUGCCUUUAACAAACCUUACAGGUGCUGCAAUUGGAAGUGCACGGCCUUGAGCGCCACGGCAAUCACAGUGACAUUGGCUUUGUUACUAGCCUAUGUGAUUGCAGUACAUUUGUUCGGCCUGACUUGGCAGUUGCAACCAGUUGAAGGACAGCUCUAUGAAAAUGGAGUUAGCAAGGGGAACAGAGGUACCGAAUCCGUGGAUACUACUUACUCUCCAAUUGGAGGAAAAGUUUCCGAUAAAUCAGAGAAAAAAGUGUUUCAGAAGGGACGGGCAAUAGACACCGGAGAAGUUGACAUUGGUGCACAGGUCAUGCAGACCAUUCCACCUGGCUUAUUCUGGCGUUUCCAGAUUACUAUCCACCAUCCAAUCUAUCUGAAAUUCAAUAUUUCUUUGGCCAAGGACUCUCUGCUGGGAAUUUAUGGCAGAAGAAACAUUCCACCUACACACACUCAGUUUGAUUUUGUAAAACUAAUGGAUGGGAAACAACUGGUCAAGCAGGACUCUAAGGGCUCUGAUGACAGCCAGCACUCCCCUCAGAACCUCAUCUUAACCUCACUGCAGGAGACAGGUUUCAUAGAGUAUAUGGACCAGGGGCCUUGGUAUCUGGCAUUUUACAAUGAUGGAAAAAAGAUGGAGCAAGUAUUCGUGUUAACUACAGCAAUUGAAAUAAUGGAUGACUGUUCGACUAACUGCAAUGGAAAUGGAGAAUGUAUUUCUGGCCAUUGUCAUUGUUUCCCAGGAUUCCUUGGGCCUGACUGUGCUAGAGAUUCGUGCCCUGUGCUGUGUGGUGGGAAUGGAGAAUAUGAGAAAGGACACUGUGUCUGCCGAAAUGGCUGGAAGGGGCCAGAGUGUGACGUUCCAGAAGAGCAAUGCAUUGACCCAACUUGCUUUGGUCAUGGCACCUGCAUCAUGGGAGUCUGCAUCUGUGUGCCAGGAUACAAAGGAGAAAUAUGCGAGGAAGAGGACUGCUUAGACCCAAUAUGUUCCAGCCAUGGCAUCUGUGUGAAAGGAGAAUGUCACUGUUCUACUGGUUGGGGAGGAAUCAACUGUGAAACUCCACUUCCUAUAUGUCAAGAACAGUGCUCAGGCCAUGGGACUUUUCUUCUAGACACUGGAAUGUGCAGCUGUGACCCCAAGUGGACAGGAUCUGACUGCUCAACAGAGCUCUGUACCAUGGAGUGUGGUAGCCAUGGAGUCUGCUCAAGGGGAAUUUGUCAAUGCGAAGAAGGCUGGGUAGGACCAACAUGUGAAGAACGCUCCUGUCAUUCUCACUGUGCUGAGCAUGGCCAAUGCAAAGACGGAAAAUGUGAGUGCAGCCCUGGAUGGGAGGGCGACCACUGCACAAUUGCUCACUACUUAGAUGCUGUCCGAGAUGGCUGCCCAGGGCUCUGCUUUGGAAAUGGGCGAUGUACCCUAGAUCAAAAUGGUUGGCACUGUGUAUGUCAGGUGGGUUGGAGUGGGACAGGCUGCAAUGUUGUCAUGGAAAUGCUUUGUGGAGAUAACUUGGACAAUGAUGGAGAUGGUUUGACUGACUGUGUGGACCCUGAUUGUUGUCAACAAAGCAACUGUUAUGUAAGUCCUCUCUGUCAGGGCUCACCAGAUCCUCUUGACCUCAUUCAGCAAAGCCAACCCCUCUUCUCUCAGCACACUUCAAGACUCUUCUAUGAUCGAAUCAAAUUCCUAAUUGGCAAGGACAGUACUCAUGUCAUUCCUCCAGAGAUCUCGUUUGACAGCAGGCGUGCUUGUGUGAUUCGAGGCCAAGUGGUGGCCAUAGAUGGAACCCCUCUAGUAGGGGUGAAUGUUAGUUUCUUGCACCACAGUGAUUAUGGAUUUACCAUCAGCCGUCAAGAUGGAAGCUUUGACCUUGUUGCCAUCGGUGGUAUCUCUAUCAUCCUAAUCUUUGAUCGCUCACCUUUCCUGUCUGAGAAGAGGACACUCUGGUUGCCUUGGAAUCAAUUUAUUGUGGUGGAGAAAGUAACCAUGCAGAGAGUUGUAUCAGACUCACCAUCCUGUGAUAUCUCCAACUUUAUCAGCCCAAACCCUAUUGUGCUUCCUUCACCACUCACAUCAUUUGGAGGGUCCUGUCCAGAGAGAGGAACUAUUGUUCCUGAGCUGCAAGUUGUACAGGAGGAGAUCCGUAUUCCUUCCAGCUUCGUGAGGCUGAGUUACCUGAGCAGCCGCACCCCCGGGUAUAAAACCCUGCUACGGAUCCUUUUGACACAUUCAACCAUUCCCGUGGGAAUGAUUAAAGUACACCUCACAGUAGCUGUGGAAGGGCGAUUGACACAGAAGUCAUUUCCUGCUGCAAUUAAUCUCGUCUACACAUUUGCCUGGAACAAGACCGACAUCUAUGGACAGAAGGUUUGGGGCCUAGCAGAGGCUUUAGUAUCUGUGGGAUAUGAAUAUGAAACUUGCCCUGACUUUAUUCUCUGGGAGAAAAGGACAGUCAUUUUACAAGGUUUUGAGAUGGAUGCUUCUAACCUAGGAGGCUGGUCAUUGAAUAAGCAUCAUAUUUUGAAUCCUCAAAGUGGAAUCAUACAUAAAGGGAACGGAGAAAAUAUGUUUAUUUCCCAGCAGCCCCCAGUCAUAUCAACUAUAAUGGGUAAUGGACACCAACGGAGUGUAGCCUGCACCAACUGCAAUGGCCCAGCCCACAACAACAAACUCUUUGCUCCUGUUGCCUUAGCUUCUGGCCCUGAUGGUAGUGUGUAUGUUGGGGACUUCAAUUUUGUAAGGCGAAUAUUUCCCUCAGGAAACUCUGUUAGUAUUUUGGAAUUAAGAAACAGAGAUACCAGACAUAGCACAAGUCCUGCUCACAAAUACUAUCUGGCUGUGGACCCUAUGUCUGAAUCACUUUAUCUAUCAGACACCAAUACUCGAAAAGUCUACAAGUUGAAAUCUCUUGUUGAAAUAAAAGAUCUGUCCAAGAAUUUUGAAGUGGUGGCGGGAACAGGUGAUCAGUGCCUUCCCUUUGACCAGAGUCACUGUGGAGAUGGCGGGAGAGCAUCUGAAGCUUCACUGAACAGCCCUCGAGGCAUCACAGUUGAUAGACAUGGAUUCGUUUACUUUGUGGAUGGGACUAUGAUUCGGAGAAUUGAUGGGAAUGCUGUGAUCACCACUGUAAUUGGCUCAAAUGGUCUUACUUCCACACAGCCACUGAGCUGUGAUUCAGGAAUGGACAUCUCUCAGGUACGAUUAGAGUGGCCAACAGACCUUGCAGUUAAUCCCAUGGACAAUUCAUUGUAUGUCUUGGAUAACAACAUUGUGCUGCAAAUUUCUGAGAACAGGCGUGUGCGGAUCAUUGCAGGGCGCCCCAUUCACUGCCAGGUGCCAGGUAUCGAUCAUUUUUUGGUCAGCAAGGUGGCAAUUCACUCCACUCUGGAGUCGGCUAGGGCCAUCAGUGUCUCCCACAGCGGGCUGCUCUUCAUAGCUGAAACAGAUGAGAGGAAAGUAAAUCGAAUUCAGCAAGUUACCACCAAUGGGGAGAUCUCCAUCAUGGCUGGUGCCCCCACUGACUGUGACUGCAAAAUUGAUCCCAACUGUGACUGUUUCUCAGGUGAUGGUGGUUAUGCUAAGGAUGCAAAGAUGAAAGCCCCUUCCUCCCUAGCAGUGUCGCCUGAUGGUACUCUCUAUGUGGCAGACCUUGGGAAUGUUCGAAUUCGUACCAUUAGCAGGAACCAAGCACACCUGAAUGACAUGAACCUUUACGAGAUUGCUUCACCCGCUGAUCAAGAACUCUACCAGUUCACUAUCAAUGGAACCCAUCUUCACACCUUGAACUUGAUAACAAGGGACUAUGUGUAUAAUUUCACCUACAAUGCCGAAGGUGACUUGGGUGCCAUUACCAGCAGCAAUGGCAACUCGGUGCAUAUUCGCCGGGACGCAGGUGGAAUGCCCCUUUGGCUUGUGGUACCUGGUGGGCAGGUGUACUGGCUGACCAUAAGCAGCAAUGGAGUCCUGAAAAGAGUGUCAGCCCAAAGCUAUAAUCUGGCCUUGAUGACCUAUCCAGGAAACACAGGGCUGCUGGCUACCAAAAGUAAUGAAAAUGGAUGGACAACUGUUUAUGAGUAUGACUCAGAGGGACAUCUAACCAACGCAACAUUUCCCACUGGAGAGGUCAGCAGCUUUCACAGUGACCUGGAGAAGCUGACAAAAGUGGAGCUAGAUACUUCCAACCGUGAAAAUGUCCUCAUGUCAACGAACUUGACAGCCACCAGUACCAUAUAUAUUUUAAAACAAGAAAAUACUCAAAGUACCUAUCGGGUGAGUCCAGACGGCUCCCUACGUGUCACCUUUGCCAGCGGGAUGGAGAUCGGACUCAGCUCAGAGCCCCACAUCUUGGUUGGGGCAGUCAACCCCACCUUGGGCAAAUGCAACAUCUCACUGCCUGGAGAGCACAGCGCAAAUCUCAUCGAAUGGCGGCAACGGAAGGAGCAAAACAAAGGCAACAUUUCUGCUUUUGAAAGGAGACUGAGGGCCCAUAACAGAAACCUGCUCUCUAUAGAUUUUGAUCAUAUAACUCACACAGGAAAGAUCUAUGAUGACCAUCGGAAAUUCACCCUUCAAAUUCUUUAUGACCAAACUGGACGACCUGUCCUGUGGUCUCCAGUAAGCAGAUAUAAUGAAGUGAACAUCACAUAUUCUCCUUCGGGACUGGUAACGUUUCUUCAAAGAGGGACAUGGAAUGAAAAAAUGGAAUAUGACCAGAGUGGAAAAAUAAUUUCAAGAACUUGGUCUGAUGGGAAAAUUUGGAGCUAUACCUACUUAGAAAAGUCCGUGAUGCUUCUCUUACAUAGCCAGCGCCGUUACAUCUUUGAGUAUGACCAAUCAGAUUGUCUGCUCUCAGUCACCAUGCCAAGUAUGGUGCGCCACAGCUUACAAACCAUGCUUUCAGUGGGCUACUACCGGAAUAUCUAUACCCCACCAGACAGUAGCACUUCUUUUAUCCAGGACUACAGUCGAGAUGGCCGACUGCUACAGACCCUGCAUCUGGGGACAGGGCGCAGAGUUUUAUACAAGUAUACCAAGCAAGCAAGACUGUCUGAGAUUCUCUAUGAUACCACUCAGGUCACAUUAACAUAUGAAGAGUCUUCUGGAGUGAUUAAGACAAUACACCUGAUGCACGAUGGCUUCAUUUGCACAAUCAGAUACAGGCAAACAGGACCUCUUAUUGGACGCCAGAUUUUCCGAUUCAGUGAAGAAGGUCUUGUGAAUGCUCGGUUUGACUACAGCUACAACAACUUUCGCGUCACCAGCAUGCAAGCUGUGAUAAAUGAAACCCCUUUGCCUAUAGACCUGUACCGAUAUAUUGAUGUCUCUGGUAGAACAGAGCAGUUUGGAAAAUUCAGUGUGAUUAAUUAUGAUUUAAAUCAGGUCAUAACUACUACAGUGAUGAAGCACACCAAAAUUUUCAGUGCCAAUGGACAAGUUAUUGAAGUCCAAUAUGAAAUUCUAAAGGCAAUUGCCUACUGGAUGACUAUUCAAUAUGAUAAUAUGGGCCAUAUGGUAAUAUGUGAUAUAAGAGUAGGAGUAGAUGCCAAUAUAACAAGGUACUUCUAUGAAUACGAUGCUGAUGGGCAACUUCAAACUGUUUCUGUAAAUGAUAAAACCCAAUGGCGUUAUAGUUAUGAUCUGAAUGGCAACAUCAACCUCUUAAGCCAUGGGAAUAGUGCUCGUCUUACUCCUCUCCGAUAUGACCUCCGGGAUCGCAUCACCAGGCUAGGAGAAAUUCAGUAUAAAAUGGAUGAAGAUGGCUUUCUGAGACAGAGAGGAAAUGACAUCUUUGAAUAUAAUUCUAAUGGUCUGCUGCAGAAAGCCUACAAUAAGGCUUCUGGCUGGAGUGUGCAAUAUUACUAUGAUGGGCUUGGGCGACGUGUCGCCAGUAAGUCCAGCCUAGGGCAGCACCUCCAGUUCUUUUAUGCAGACCUUGCCGACCCCAUAAGAGUUACUCAUUUGUACAACCACACGAGCUCAGAGAUUACAUCCCUGUAUUAUGAUCUCCAAGGUCACCUUAUUGCCAUGGAGCUAAGCAGUGGUGAAGAAUAUUAUGUAGCCUGUGAUAAUACAGGUACCCCGCUAGCUGUGUUCAGCAGUCGAGGUCAAGUGAUAAAAGAGAUAUUGUACACACCUUAUGGAGACAUCUAUCAUGACACAUACCCUGACUUUCAGGUCAUCAUUGGUUUUCAUGGAGGACUUUAUGAUUUCCUUACUAAAUUAGUGCACCUGGGGCAAAGGGAUUAUGAUGUUGUUGCUGGUAGAUGGACGACGCCUAAUCAUCAUAUAUGGAAACAGUUGAACCUCCUUCCUAAACCAUUCAACCUCUACUCCUUUGAAAAUAACUACCCAGUUGGCAAAAUUCAAGAUGUUGCAAAGUACACUACAGACAUUGGAAGUUGGUUGGAGUUAUUUGGUUUCCAGUUACACAAUGUACUACCUGGAUUUCCCAAACCAGAGUUAGAAAAUUUGGAAUUAACUUAUGAGCUUCUACAGCUUCAGACAAAAACUCAAGAGUGGGAUCCUGGAAAGACUAUCUUGGGCAUUCAAUGUGAGCUUCAGAAACAGCUCAGGAAUUUCAUUUCCUUGGACCAACUUCCUAUGACUCCCCAAUAUAAUGGUGAACGGUGCCUUGAAGGAAGGAAGCAACCAAGGUUUGCCGCUGUUUCUUCUGUUUUUGGAAAAGGUAUAAAAUUUGCCAUCAAGAAUGGCAUAGUAACAGCUGACAUCAUAGGAGUAGCCAACGAAGAUAGCAGGCGGCUUGCUGCCAUUCUCAAUAACGCUCAUUACCUGGAAAACCUACAUUUUACCAUAGAUGGGAGGGACACUCACUACUUCAUUAAGCUUGGGUCUCUGGAGGAAGACCUGGUGCUCAUUGGUAACACUGGCGGGAGGCGGAUUCUAGAGAAUGGUGUUAAUGUCACUGUGUCCCAGAUGACUUCUGUGUUGAAUGGGAGGACUAGACGGUUUGCAGAUAUCCAGCUCCAGCAUGGAGCUCUGUGCUUCAACAUCCGGUAUGGGACAACCAUCGAAGAGGAAAAGAAUCACGUGUUGGAGAUCGCCAGACAGCGCGCUGUGGCACAGGCUUGGACUAAGGAACAAAGAAGGCUGCAAGAAGGGGAAGAGGGUAUUCGGGCAUGGACAGAAGGCGAAAAGCAGCAGCUUUUGAGCACUGGGAAGGUACAAGGUUAUGAUGGGUAUUUUGUUUUGUCUGUUGAGCAGUAUUUAGAACUUUCUGACAAUGCCAACAAUAUUCACUUCAUGAGACAGAGCGAAAUAGGCAAGAGGUAACAAAAAAAAUCUCUGCCUUUGCGUCACCAAAGACUGUCUGUUUUUAAAACAUAAAAUGGUUUGUUGUAUUGGUUUUCUAGAUCAGAACUCUGUAUGUGUAAAUAUGGAGGAAAAACAUAUCCAACUGCCUUUCAAUGUGACAGAAGAUGGUAUUUUAAUAUUGUUUGUUUAAACUCUUUAUGAAAUGACUGAGAUUUUUAGUUCUUCUGUGGCAGUAUUCAACGUAACACAAGUAGAACUCAAACAGCUAAAAACAAAAAGUUUUCGGAGAGCACCACUUUAAAUUUGUUGAGCCAUGCAUAUAUAUGUCCAAAUAUACAGAAAAAGAACCCCAAGGUUCUAUUUCUCUAUCAGGACACAAAGUUUCAUAUGUAACUGUUGGCGGAACUUGCAGGCUAUUUGGAAAUGUGGUGCAAUAGUAUCUGAGCCUUGCAUUUUGAAAGACUGCCAACCCUUUGACAUUUUCCAGAUUUGUUAUAGGAAACUUAAAAAAAAAAAGUGUAACAUGUCCUCAGCCGUCAUCUCCUAGAGUCAAGAACCAUUUGCUCUUCCUUCCUGAUUAUUACUCCUUGCUUGUUAAAGUAAAUUCCAUGUUGUUGUGCUGUGUUUUGGUGUGCAGUGGCUGGGUUCUAUCUACCAUGUUACCCUGUGGCUGUGGUACCCAGACCUAAUUGCCACUAUUUGCUUGUGUGUACAUGAUACCAAGGCAGCUGGCCAACGUAAUUUCUCCCACACAACCUAUUUUGACUACAUUUUUUUACUAAAUUGUCCAGCUGUGUUGGCGUCAUGUAAAUGCUUUUAUUGACCUGGGUAGGAAUUUCUCAUUUAUAUAUAGGGUGUGUUUUGGUCAUAGUUUCACAUUAAUGAUUCAGUAUUCAUACACUAAUCCAAUGGUUUUGUGCACACAAAAGGAAACUUACUGCAAAGUAUGAUUCUAGUACACAAAUAAAAGAGGCUUUAGCAUGCCUACAUGCCUGAGAUACCGAUAAAUUACAUUCACUACUACUGCAGAACCAUAAGAGCCUAAACCUUAAAAAAUAGACCUAGUACUAAGGUUAAAAGAAAAGUACCAAAGGGUAGACUAAACUAAAUAUCACAAUAGUUGCUCUACAUUGUUUCAUCCCACUUUGACUUAUCUUUCAAAUAUUCAAUUCUCUAUUGAACAUUUCCCAGGCAUAGUCAGGAAAUUUAAUUAAGCCCUUUCCAACCUAAAACAUUUCAGCUAAUUGUAGAGAGGCAGACUAUUUUUUACCAAAACAAUUUAUAUGGUUAGUUAUUUUAAUUCUCUGUCUUUGCCCACUUAGUUUGAUUUAAUCAUCUAUCCUGCCUAGGAAAAUAACUAUUUUCCAGGAAGGGAGAUUUUAUUCUGCAAUCAUUUAAAAGUUGGGGAAAGAGCAGAAUUAGCGUAAAUAUGAGCUGCAGUUUCUCAAUCUAUAUGAAUCCCGUAGUAAAAGAAGACUCUUGGUGACCUGGGAGAUUGGUGCCCAGUAACAAAGAGACAGUUUAUAAAAUGUUGUGUAAUUGUAAGUUACCACAAAUGAAAAUACAUUGCAGCAUGAUGUGGCCUGUAGAAAAUUCUCCUGAGCCACUUUUAUCAUGGAGUCUGGACACUUGCUACAUCUGAAGGAGAAUUUAUGAUAGAAUGUCUUUCCACCUACUACCUAAAUGCAGUGUGGGGUCCUGGCUUUGCUUUGUGAUGACAGUGUCUUUGAAAAGAUGCAAAGUCAAAAUCCAGGCUCAGGAUAAGAUUUUAAAGAGUACGGAUCCUUACUUCACAAAGUAGAGUGAAGGAAAGACAAAGAUCACCGGAUGGUAGGACAGGGUGUAUCCAAACAUUUUAUUUUCAAAACUUUCAAGUUGGGAUUAUCACAUUCUUACACGUGUAUUGAGAGAAAGAGAGAGAAAGGAUUCAUGACGAACUCAUCUCUCUCUCUCUU